AUGCAGUCCGCACUCGCCCAGGCAAGAUUAGCAGAGGAGCGCAAGCAGUGGCGGAGGGACCACCCAUUCGGCUUCUAUGCGCGUCCGAUCAAGAAUGCUGAUGGUUCGCUCAAUAUGAUGGUCUGGGAAUGUGGGAUUCCAGGGAAAGCAAAUACCAACUGGGCCGAUGGACAGUAUGUUGUACGCAUGACUUUCCCCGAUGAGUACCCAACAAAACCCCCUAAGUGCAAAUUCGACCCUGCCCUGUUCCACCCAAACGUCUACCCAUCCGGCACCAUCUGUCUCUCUAUUCUGGACGAGGAGAAGAGCUGGAAGCCAUCGAUCACGGUCAAGCAGCUUCUUCUGGGUAUCCAGGACCUUCUGGAUAACGCGAACAUCGGUGAUCCUGCCCAGAUUGAUGCGUACCAAAUGUUCAAAUCCGACAAGGUCGCGUAUGACCGCCGAAUCAAGGCGCAGGCGCAGGAGAGGCGGCCAAAGUAG